CCGAGAAUCAGCUGGAAUGCUUUCCGUAUUAGUUCAGCGUUGUGUUCCCAGCCAGCUUGCAGACAUUCGGGAAACUGUUCCUAUCCAGCGUACAGAGCGCCGGGAGAUCAGUCCCAUCCAGCGUACAGACAGCCGGGAAAUAAGUCCUAGCACACGUACAGACAGCCGGGAGAUCAGUCCCAGCCAGCGUACAGAUAGCCGGGCAGUCGGUCCAAGCCAGCGUGCAGAAAGCAGGGGCAGCUGAUCCCAGCCAGUGAGCAUACAGCCUGGAAACCAGUCCCAGACCCUCAGAAGCUCAGGAUGGGAACAGAGGAAAAGCCCUGGGCCGUCAGCACAGCCCCUAAUCCCCCGGCUCCCGCAGCGCAGCCAGACAAGCCUAAGAUGAAGAACAAGUCGGACAAGGAAGCCAAAACGGCCCAGCAGGAAGAGGCCCACAAGUGCUGUGGUUGCCGUUUCCCUCUCCUGGUAGCUGUUCUCCAGCUGGCCCUUGGAGUGUCUAUCACAGUGGUAGCCUUCCUAAUGGCCGGGACCUGCUCCUCACUGCUAGUCAGAGACACCCCUCACUGGGCUGGGAUCAUUGUAAGCAUCGAGUCUCCUGCAUGACCCUUUUCACUAACCUCCUGCAUGAUAACAGCAUGGACUGGGGAGUGCCCGGCUCCUGUGGGCCAUGUCAAGACAGGGUAGCUAACACUAAGCAAAGGGCUGCAUCUUAAACAGGGUCUACGCUUCCCAGCCCCGCUAUUCUGCCACUCGUGACACUCAUUGAUGGGGCUUUAAAAAAAAGUACCUGCCACCUUGUUCCCCCUGUGGGAUGGAGAAUGGGAGAACGUGGAAUACUCUGCAGUAAUUGCAAGCUCUGUAGUCAAAAAUUCAGAACUAAAGCAAAGUUUGUAACUUAUUUACAUCUUGCCAUCUGCUCUAGACAGCUGCACCUUUAUAUACAGUGUGCGGCUUUAUAUAGAGAGGCAGAGGAGGGAAAUAAAUCAUCACUGGGAGGGAGUAGGGUCCUUAAAUAUAUCUUACAAAUUACAGGGCAGAAGAGAGAUCUCUGGCUGGGAACGUGUCCCUUGGCUAACAUCACAGUUUGGGGUUUGUACCAAUUAUUACAAGUUAGCAUUAGAUAAUUUUCUACGUCUUAAUAUUGAAAACCCAAACUACCUCUCCUCUCAAUAAUUAUCUGUCCCUGUGAUUAAUAGGUCCUUCACUGACAGAGAACCCCAGCUAGUAUUAAAUGUUACAUGGAUGUAUGUAGUGGGCAUUGGAUGGUAUCUUCCCCUCAAACCAACCAUGAAUUUCCCAAAUAACGACAGACACUAAAACUUGGAUAUAACAGGCCACAGCAUUUAUUAAAACAUCCAAAUAAUGUAUAACGCAUCCAAACGUAUAAAACUGUACAGAAUAAAACGAUCAUAAAUUAACAUAUCGAUAACGUUGCCUAAUGUCAUACAGUAUGCCUUUAAUGUAGUCAAAACGUCCUAGCCAAUCUAACUCACCCCUUCCCAAAGGCUUUUACCUCUCCCCUUGGCAUAAUAAAUUCCUCUUCCCUUUUGGGAUCCCCACAAGCCGCUUUUAGCUCGGUGGGGACCCAACCAUAAUGCUAUCCACCAGCCGGCUUUUAGCUCAGAGGGGACACGUCCAACCUGGUACCCCUUAAGGUUCACCAUAAGAGACUGGAGGAUGAGACCCGGCCAUUAUCCCCUUACUCAUCUACAUGCAAAUCAUCUCCCACCCUAUUUGGCAAGGACAUGUCCCCCACCUUGCUGUGACAACACCCCAGGCCUAAAGCACAAAGGGAGGGUGGAGAACAAUAGGACAGGAAAAAGGGGGCAGGGAAGAGGCACAUUUUCCCAUGAAAGUCACUUUUUAGCCUGUCUUUUUGCAGGGCCCAUAGUCUUGGGGCAAGAGGCUGGCAAGCAGGCCUCUCGCACCUUCGUCACUGAGAUUUGCUGGCCGGGCCUCUAAGUGGCACUGAGGUCAGCUUAAUUCGUCACCAACCCCUUCCUCACAUCCAACACUCCCACACAUAACAAACAGCCAAUCAUGUUUCAUCCAUUUCCCAUACUCAUACAUAUGCCCUUGUCCACUAAACUGCGCACUCUCCCUUGGGCCUUGUCGCCAUUUAUUUUCAAAAUGUAUAAUUUACCAACAGAGAGAUACACGAAAGGUGGACAUAUACCCAGAAUCAUUCGCUAAACUGCGAAUUGGCAGAAAACCUAAAACAUGAAAUUCGCCCCUAAUUGUAGACUAUUCAUGGCUUAACUGUUGACUAACAAUAAGUCACAAAGGGGUUUAUCCUGUAAACUGAGACUUGUAAAGAAUUGACAAAGUGAACAGCAAAUAUUUGGCCAGAUUAGCAGACCUGGAAAAAGCAGAAUUUGAGACAUUUUGCAAUUCACUAAUCUCCAGAUUAUAAAGAGAUCUCUAUAGAAAUGUUGCAUUAUUAUUAUUUAAUUAUUGCAAAGCACGCUAUAUACCAGCAAAGUAAAUGAUGAACAUAGUAAUGGAAACAGAAAGGCAAGUUAUGAAUGGGCUACUGAAACGUACAUUCUGUCCUUCUCCAUACUGUCAGCACCGCCAGUAAUUCAUUAUAUUAUAAACACACCGCCCUGUCUGACAAUGUGUGAUCCCGCAAACUUUCCUACAAUAUUGCAGGACAUGCCGUUAUCCUAAAAUAACACCCGCUGAAAAUGGACCCAUUAACAAAGAAACCACAUCACACUAUCUGUCUGAGAACUAUGGGUAAUGUAGUCCAACGAGAAGGCCAAGUCGUGACAUUCUAAGACUAUCUAUAUUAAUCUAUCCGGUGACCAAUUCAAUGCUUUUCUGAUACAUUAAAAAAGAAAAAUCUUUCUUCCACUUACUUUCAGCCUGAUUUCGAACAGAUCCCUGCGUUUCGCAUGUUUUUUUAAUGCCAUGUAGAAGUAGCACAUAUUUUACGUGCUAUUAAGGCUGGAUAAUGAUUUACUCACAUUAAGUACUUGUGGUUUAGGUUGAUUUUUUGAGCAGUGCAUUUUGUGCGCGUUAUGCAAUGCUUUUACCAUGAGAAAUUUGUCCUUAACUUUGGUUUAAACAAUGCAUGGACUUUGCUCACAGCAACAAUUUAACGCCCACACACCUGAAACAGCCAAUGCUGGCAUACUGGGCACGUUGGUAAAUGAAUUUGGUUCUUUGACAAGUGACCCUUGGCUUUUCCUAGAGGAGAUUGUGCUGAGUUUCCACUACUUGUGUGCUUUUUUGGUACCCAGAAAGGUUCAUGCAGGGUCUCUGUUCUUUUGUUAAUUAAUUUGUAUAUUUAACACAAGAAAUACAAGGAAGAAAUCGGUCACAUAUUUUACAGAUUUACAACGAAAUCUGCGUGCCAUUAUAUAAAGAAAAGCACGCACUCAACUUUUGCACAAUCGAUGCUGUUUGCGUUCAGUUUUAAAUUGGAUUGCUUGACUGCUUAAUUUGUAGGACAAUAGCUAACAGCCUUUGACCUCUAAUUCCUGGCUGGUGGCUUAUUCAGUAUACCUUUAAAGCAUUCAAACUUGUCUGUGGACUGGUGCAGGACUCAUGGGAAGUCUUUCCAGAGAGAAAACACAUUAAAUAGUUGGGUUUCACAAGGACAAGAAAAUAUUAUCUUGUGAGGUUUCGUUUUUGUCAAAGAUAAAUUAUAAAAUAAGUCGAUUUUUGGGAGCAUUUACUAACCAACGCAGUUCAAAUAAUUAAAAAAAUGAAUGCUUGAAGAAAAUUUGCAAUGAUGUUCAUCACAUCUUACUUUUUUACUGCGUUUUAACCGUCCAAAAACAAGAAAGUGAAAAUGAUUACACCACUGUGAUAAAUAGUGAACAAAAUGCACACAAUGACUAUCACAAACAGUAUCAGUAUCCAUAUAUUUAGAACAUGUGAUCGGGCAAUGUCCUGAAAUAGUUCUCAUUUCUGAGAAUAUUUGUGUAGUUAUGAAAUUUGCGGACACAUUGAUACAUUAUUUGCAAGUUUCUAUUAGUGAUAAAUGUAUAAAACGUAGUAAGGCUUUGUCGAUGUCUAGUUUUUAAUUAGCAUAUUUGUCUCUAGGUUUUGCUCUGGCAGACCAUCAGAGAAGUGAUCAUAUCAAAUGAGCCCAUUUACUAAAUGGUCAGCCAGAAACAGGUUAAUUGCAGUACGACAAACACAAUACAUCACACAUGGCUUCAAAAUAGCCUUAAAUCCAUCCAUCCAUUUCUACAUAACUAAAAUAGUCAUUUUGACGAAAGCACCUUCGUCACUGAGAUUUGGAGAGGCCUGCUUGCCAGCCUCUUGCCCCAAGACUAUGGGCCCUGCAAAAAGACAGGCUAAAAAGUGACUUUCAUGGGAAAAUGUGCCUCUUCCCUGCCCCCUUUUUCCUGUCCUAUUGUUCUCCAGCAGGGAACUGUCCCAGGGACACUGCCAGACCAUGUGAAACUGGCUGUUUUGUCCCUCCUCAAUCUCCCAUCAGCCCUUGCUAUUGUUUAACCCCACGGCGGUCCAACUGUAUUCGUGAGAUCUGAGUGCUUUUCGGACAUAUUGAGCGCUCAGAUCCAAGCUAUCUGGGGAUAUGUUGGACAUAUAGGUUAAACAUUGUAUUAUAAGAGUUAUGUAUUUUUAUGUGGUUUUUGUAACAGUUUUGACUUCGAGAUAUUUCCUGUACCUGGAGAUACGUUACCACAGCCACUUAAGCCAAUUAUCUCCAGGAUAGAGGAGAAGAUAGACCGGCUUCACAGCCUAAAUCUGUGGAACUGUUUUGGGCAUGAAAGCCAUGCUUGCGGUUGGUCAAAUGUAACUUCCAUAAAACAUUUGAACCCCUGCUCUGAUCUCGGUGAUUUUUUGAAAUGUUGUUCACCCAGAUCAGGACUAUCCAGGGAUGUAGGGGGUAUGUUGUUGUUUUGGGGUGUUUCUGGACUUUCGGUAAAAAUUGAUAUUUUCUGCCUGUGGUAAUUGAGUUAGUCCAUUGUGUUUGGUAAUUGUAUCACAGGCAGAGGGGAGGGUUUGUGUACAAUAGCUGGGAGUGUCUAACUGUACAAUACUGUGUUGAUUGGUUUGUGUCCUGUGCUCCACAAGGUCCACGUGGGUGGUAAUCUUGUGGGUAAAAUGUGCAUAAAAGAAAUGCCUUUGUGCUCAUUAAACAUACCUGUUCUACCCUUCAUGAAGUCUUGGCUCAUGUUUGGGGGAUUGGAGAACUACCUACACUCUGGGGAUUGCUAUAAUCACUAUACUCCCCAGAGUAAGCUCUUGUAAGAGCUUGUUCCUGUUCCUGCUCUCUGGAUUUAAGAGAGGUCUACCUACUGGAAGCUGGACCCUGGUCUUGGGUUCAGAGUGGGUGGAAGACGGCGAGACCCCAACCAAGCUGCGGCGGUUUGUGGGGUCUGCAGUAGUUAUGGUUUCUGGUGGAGUGCUUGGAGCCCUCGUAAAACACUAGGAGCAUCCAUCAACGGAAGGUACCCAGUCGGGGUGCCAGGCGAUCCGUUACAGUCAUAAUAUGAGCAUAUAUUAAUAAAGGUUAUCAUGUCUUACAGAGUUACACCAUUUACAUCUCACCCUCACCUGGUUUAAACCUUCUGUUCCUGUACGUCCAACUUGUCUUGUUUCAAGUACGUGUUUGUUAGUCCAGUUAUUGUACAGCGCUUCGGAAUAUUCUGGCACUUCAUAACAAAAUAAAUAAUUAUUGAUGACAAUAAUAGCUGUUAUUAGAACAUUAACUCUGCGUAGGAUAUUUCUGUGUGUUAUAUUGUGUCUCAGCAUAUAAUGUAGAAUUCAUGCAUGUUUCGGUGAGUGCCUUUCUGUAAUAGUCGUGGGACGGUAACUGGGAUUAAUGGGCAAGUUGUUUCAGAAAUAGUUUUUAGAAAAUUUAAUAUGUUGGAGGAGCGUUAUCGUCUGGAAUUUCACUGUUAGUCUUCAUUGAAACUGGUGUCUUGAUUCUCCAGUUCUCACCUCUUUCUAAAUCUAGCUCAUACAGGUUUACUAACAUUCUUGCUGCCUCACCAUGUGCCUUUAAUUUAUGUAUGUGCCUCAAUGCGUGUAACAUUUUGUUGUUUGUUUGUAAACCCAUAAUGCAGCACCGUGGUAUAUGUUGUAGCUCUAUAAAUAAUAAUAAUGAUAAAAAAUAAAAUGUAAAAUUGGGUGACCAGUAAGGACAGCUGACAAGGGAGAUAAGCAGUGUCUAAUUCCAGGACUACCCCAACUAAAUAAGGACACUUGUCAAUUCAGCAAAUAAAAUGGUAAAAAUUGUGGGCAAACUUUGAAAUGUGCCGUAAUCACCAUAGCAACCGACCGAUUGCCACUAGUGAAUGCUGCACUGUACGCACUAUGUGCCCCCGUUCUAGUCAUUACUAGAAAAAGCUCUCCACUUUGCCAGCAACCAUGUCACGUCCCCCAUCGCAUUUCACAAUCCAUGCGACACAUAGGAAGAUUAUAAUAUAUAUAUGUGACAAAACCCCUGUUUUGUGAAUGCCAGGACCCUCUAUUUUGUCUGCUGUUUGUGUAGUUACUCCUAUUUCGUGCCUUUAUUAAAAACCAAACAAACUACCGAACAGCCAGACCACCCUCAAUAGAAGUGUGCAGCUCAUUAACUGCCCAGAAGCUGUGGUUAACCACAAGUACUUGACGAAUGGCUGGGUAGUCGCCGUUCGUUUGAACGAACACAAUUUUACGCGAACACUUCUGGGACUAUCCAACUACCACCGCUUUCAUCUCUUUUUAUACGAACGCCGUGUCGUUCGGUACAUUCAAUUCAGGAACGAGACCGAUCCCAGAUAGCUAAAUCCAUGGAGCCCACUGUGGACAUAUUUCUAGCGAACAGUCGGUGAACAGACUCUUUUGCUCCAUGGCGUUUUGACUGUGUUUGUGGGAUCUGAGCACUGUUCGGCUAUAUUGAGCACUCAGACCCAAGCUAUCUGGGGAUAUGUCGAAUGUGGGCGUUCCUGUACAUAGCUGAUUGUAUUGGUCCUGUAUAUAGCUGUUGAAUCCCCCUGUAUUUCAAACAUCAACAGCUUAAUGAAUUAUAUAAGGAAAGUUGGAUAUUGUUUAUUAUUAUGGAGGCAUUUCUUUACUUUGAAAGCCGACAGAUUAAUCUCUUUUCAAACAAAUUCUUAUAAACCUACAUCUGCUCCACUGUAUUAGGACUCGUCUAUUCCAAGCUGAUAUUUCUCUGUGAUAUUUUUAGAGAAAUGAUUAUUACAAGAAACGCUGGAAUUCAUCUCAUAAAAAGCUUAUUUACUGUUUUAGCAGAUUCCGCAGAGAUUUUUAAAAUAAAUUGUAAAGAUUUUUGUAAAAUCUACAAAUACACAAUAUUCAACACAUGAAUUGUUAAUAGGCAAAGUAACAGCCUAUUGAUCCAAAUCGAAAUAAUUCUUUUUAUUUGUGGCAAGUUGGAAAUCACUUCAAAUGUGGUUCUUAACGUAAAAGGCUGAAUUUGAUGGACUGGAGAUAAUGGUUUUACAAAUUAUAUCUCAGUCUUUUUAGUGUACGAAGGGUCCCAACACAUAAGGAAAUAUUCAUAUAAGACACCAGUAUCGAUAUUAAAAAUAAAACAAAUAGAUUUGCUAUUAUAUUUCUUGUUAAAUCUUUAAUAUCUAUAUAGCCUUAGUUGGCAGCUGUAUCUUUACUUUAAAUAAGAGGUCAGUCACUGCACAGUUACAACCGUGGAAAUGAAAGUAGUGACCUAUAAAAAUCCAUCAUUUAUUAUGAAAUAAAACAAUUCUUGAAAGUGAAGAGAUCUUCUCCUUAAAAUAGUAAACUGCUAACAGGGAACUGUGACUCAUAGUUCUUGCAAAUUGUUUUUUUUCUGAAUAUUCAGAGUUCCUGACUAACAGUUAAAAAAUAAAUCUAAAUAUUCAUAAUUAGACAUGUUUGGGUCAGCGCUUGAAAUAUUGAGAACGUGAUAUCAAUUAACUGUAGUAACGCUUGUUUAAUUCUAAUUUUGUGUAAAUACAGGCAGAGCUUUAAUAUAAACUGAAAACAUUUAAUAAACGUUUGGGAAACACAAAUAUUAAACAUGAUGUCCUUAAACCGAGAGGGUCACUAUUUGCACCACAACCACUAUGGCUGAGCCAAUCCCUAUGCUAUGGACAUAAAAAGCACUGUCUCAAUCGCUGCUGAACCAUAAAGACUUUGGGUGUGGGGAAAGCCCCCAUCUAUGGUCACCCCCUAAAUGUUAUUGGUGAUAACCCACAAACACUUUUCAGUUUUAAAACCACUAUUUUAGUAAAUUGUAAAUAACACUGUGACAAACCCCUGUUUUAUGGAUACUAGUGGCCUUUUCAUAUUCUGUUCGUGCAUUUAGCACUAUUUAUUCCCUUUUAUUUUGUUUACCUAACAGCCAGACUACCCGCAAGUGGAGUGUGCAGCCUAUUAACCACCCAGAAGCUGUGGUUAACCGCAGCUUAAUUGACGAACGGUUGGGUGGUCGCCACUCGAACACGUGGCGGCAGCCAUCUUAAACUGUCGAACGCCCAGCGGUGUUUUGUCGUUGAACACAUGGAACUGUUUUUGGACACUGUUUCACACGAACAUCGCUGGGACUUCCAACCUUCCAGUCAUUCGUUUCUGUUCAUACGAACGUAGCGUCGUUCGGUACAUUAAUAAAUCACGAACUAGACCGACCCUGAUAGCUAAUGGAACUAUUUCUGGACAGAUUUAUGCUGAACGGUCGGUGAAAGCCUACUGGCGAUUCGACUGUGUUCAUGGGAUUUGAGCGCUUUUCGGAUAUAUUGGGCACUCAGAUCAAGCUAUCUGGGGAUAUGUUGAAUAUGGGGGUUCAGCGAUGUGAAAUAUGAAUUAUGUAUUUUAAUGUAUUUUGUUACCUUUGUAAAAUGGAAAUAUUUUCUGUACCUGGUGAUAAUUGAGUUUACUACGGUCACUUAAUUCAAUUAUCUCCAGGAUAGAGAGGAGGGAUUUUACUGUGUAUGUGGGAGUGUUUUAUAUUGUACUGUAUGUUCAUUGGUUACUGUAACUUGUAUUCCAGUCCUCCACAAGGUCCAUGUGGGAGUAUCCCUUGCUGGAGGACAUGCAUAAAAGGCCA